UAAAAUCAUUCCAUCUUUUCUCAUUUCAAUCAAAAAAUUUUAAAAUCUUGACCACCAAGAUCAAGAACAAGAGAGAAAGAGAGCAAUUUCUCUCUUUUGCUCAACAAAGAUGAAGAACAAUAACAACAACAACACAAAGCUUAUUCUUCUUCAUCCUUACAUCCAAAAACAAGGAAGCUCCAAUCGGUUAUGGCUUCUUGCUUUUGUUUCUUUCUUUACUAUUGCUUUUCUUGUUACUCUUAUCUAUACUAGAGAAGCUUUGCCCACUAAAUCCACAGCUUCCUUGGCUGCUGCUGCCACCUCCUCCUCCAUAUCCACCUCUGCACCUCUGCCUACCACUGUCAUCAAUACUCUCCUCCACUAUGCUUCAAGAUCUAAUGACAGUUUCCACAUGUCUUACUCUGAAAUCAAACCCAUAUCUGAUGUUCUUAGAAAGUGCUCUUCUCCAUGUAAUUUUCUUGUUUUUGGGCUAACGCACGAAACCCUUUUGUGGAAAGCCCUCAACCACAAUGGCCGCACAGUUUUUAUUGAAGAAAACCGAUACUAUGCAGCCUAUUUUGAAGAGCUACACCCAGAAUUUGAUGUGUUUGAUGUUCAAUACACAACAAAAAUGAGAGAAUACAAAGAACUUAUAGCCUCUACAAGGGAUCAAAUACGCAACGAAUGCAAGCCAGUUCAGAAUCUUCUCUUCUCAGAAUGUAAGCUUGGGAUUAAUGAUUUGCCUAAUCACGUUUAUGAGGUAGAUUGGGAUGUGAUAUUGAUUGAUGGGCCUCGAGGAGAUGGACCAGAAGGGCCAGGAAGGAUGACGCCAAUCUUCACAUCCGGGGUUCUAGCUAGGAGCAAGAAGGGAGGAAAUGGGAAGACUCAUAUAUUUGUUCAUGAUUACUAUAGAAAUGUGGAGAAAGUAUAUGGGGAUGAGUUCUUGUGCAGAGAAAACUUGGUGGAAGCUAAUGACAUGCUUGCUCAUUUUGUGGUGGAGAAGAUGGAUGAGAAUAGCUACCAGUUCUGCAACAACCAAACAUCAAAAUCAUCAUCUUCUUCUUCAUCCUAAGUGUUUUUGUCUAAAAGCCAGGAUAUAUGGUAUAAAGUGGUAAAAAAAUGUGGGUAUUUAUGAUCAUUGAAAAACUUUAGAUCUUUUCUCUUUUUCUUCUUGGAUUUGAUAAUGGGGAGUGUAAAAAAUAAUUCUUUUUUGGUAAUGCAACAUCUAAACCUUGUAAUUUCUUGGCUAUGGAAGCUUCAGACUCUCAAUUUAUCUGUCA